AUGGCGGUCGCCGUUGCAGAGCAGUUUUCAGACUGCGUCUCUCAGACUCAGAAGAAAGUUGAGGAGAUGAAGGCUUUUUCCGAUCAGAUUAAGAAGUUGGACAAGGAAUUUCGCGACGUCUCAAACGACCUUCAGAGGGAGCGUGUUGCUGCCAGACAAACACAGGAAGAGUCGAAGUCGCUGAUGCGUCAACUUGAGGAGUUGCAGGAGGCUGUCGAGCGAAGCUCGUUCGUGUUGGUUUUAAUUGACGCCGACGCUGAUGGCUAUAUUUUCAAGGAAGACUACUAUAAGGACAUAGACGGCGGUCGGAAUGCAGCUUUAGAUCUUGAAGCUGCUGUUAGGGAGUAUCUGAAGAGCUCACAUCCAGACUUGUCGAGUAUGCCGAUCAUGAUCAAGGCAUUCGCCAACGCUGAUGGGCUUGCUCCAUUACUGGUUAGGGCAAAACUUUUGAAGUCUCCAGAGUCGCUGACAAGUUUUGCGAAGGGGUUCUCGCAGGCCCGUGACGCAUCCGAUUUUGUUUUAGUCGGUAGUGGCAAGGAUCGUGCGGAUGAGAAGAUAAAAGGUUAG